AUGCUGCGCUGGCUCCGGGGCUUCGUGCUGCCCGCGGUGGCCUGCCAGGAAGACGAUGACUACCUCAGCCACAAGAUCCUCUUCCAAGACUGGACCGCGGCGGGAACGGAUUUUACCAGGAAUGUGGGAGAUUCUGAAACACUAGAAUGGGAGUGUGGCUGGGGAGGGUCUGAGAAGGCCCAGUGGUGUGAGCAGCUCCCUCCUCGACAGCAGUCUCAGCUGAACCCGCAGGACAUUUUUAAAGCUGGAGAUACCAAUGAGGAUUCAAGAUUGGACUUUGGAGAAUUUUUGCAGUACCUUAAAGACCACGAGAAAAAAAUGAGGCUGGCAUUUAAUAGUCUGGACAAAAAUAGUGAUGGUAUAAUAGAAACUUCAGAAAUAAUUGCUGCUUUGAAAUCACUGGGUAUAAAUAUUUCUGAAGCUCAGGCAAAAAAAAUUCUACAAAGCAUUGAUAGUGAUGGAACAAUGACAGUAGACUGGGAUGAAUGGAAGUACUACUUUUUACUUCAUCCUGCAACAAAUAUUGAUGAAACUGCUCAUUUCUGGAAGCAUUCUACUAUAAUUGACAUAGGGGAGAGUAUAUCUAUCCCAGAUGAAUUUACUGAAGAAGAAAAGCAUUCUGGAGAUUGGUGGAGGCGUUUGGUGGCAGGAGGUAUAGCUGGGGCAGUUGCAAGGACAUGCACAGCAUCUUUUGACCACUUGAAAGUCAUGAUGCAGGUUCAUAGUUUAAAGUCAAGGAGAAUGAGAUUGAUUGGUGGAUUUGAGCAGAUGUUAAAAGAAGGAGGAAUUCAUUCUCUUCGGUGGGGAAAUGGUGUAAAUGUUUUUAAAAUUGCACCUGAGACAGCUCUCAAGAUUGGGGCCUAUGUACAGUGUAAGAAAUGGCUUAGUUUUGAUGGUGCUAAUGUAGGAAUUAUUGAGAGAUUUAUAUCUGGCUCAUUUGCUGGUGCAACUGCCCAGACCUGUAUUUAUCCCAUGGAGGUUCUAAAGACCAGACUGGCUCUAGGUAAAACUGGAGAGUAUUCAGGGUUCAUUGAUUGUGGCCAGAAGCUUCUGAAACAAGAAGGUGUUAGAACCUUUUUCAAAGGUUAUAUUCCUAACUUGCUAGGUAUUCUACCUUAUGCAGGCAUAGAUUUUGCUGUUUAUGAGCUGUUGAAGAAUUAUUGGCUAGAACAUCACGUGGCAGAGUCUAUAGACCCUGGGAUAAUAAUUUUGCUGGGAUGUAGUACAUUGUCUCACACAUGUGCUCAGAUAGCCACCUUCCCACUGACCCUUAUCAGAACUCGCAUUCAGGUUCAAGCACUGGAAGAAAAAGGAACAACAACUUCUAUGUUUCAUCUCAUUCAAGAGAUAUUUAACAACGAAGGAAAAAGGGGAUUUUUCAGGGGUCUUACCCCAAACAUCAUAAAGGUGCUUCCCGCAGUAGGCAUCAGCCGUGUAGUUUAUGAAAUAGUGGGAUAACAUUUGGGAUUAAUUUAAAAGUGAAAUAUCAAAUUGUUAUCAUUACCAAAGUCACUUAAUUGUAAGAUAAUACCUGGCUUGUAAAGAGAAAUUUGUCUUUUCCUAAAAGGAAAGACAUAUCAAAUAAUUGUUAAAACAUUUUUUCUUUAUCUAUUACAAAAUUUAUAAGUU